UCUGGCUUCAAGUUAGGCUCGUCUACCUCGUCAACCAGCAGCACUCUCCUCCCUUCGAUCGCGUCUUCCGGAUCAAGCAGAGCACGACAGAUUUCUUUCGCUUUCGCCAGUUCUUCGUCGCCGCGGCCGGCAAGAGUUAUCCGAGGAGCGAUGAGCUACUACAACCCGCACGCCCCUGUCGGCGCUCCCCCGCCACAAGGGUACCCGAUGGACGCGUAUGCCAAGACCGGCGUGGAGGAGAGCCAGCACCAGCAGCCGUACCCGCCGCCGCCGCAGAACCAGCCCUACCCGCCGUCGCCGCAGAACCAGCCGUACCCUCCGUCGCCGCAGAACCAGCCUUACCCUCCUCCGCCCAACCAGCAGUACCCGCCGUCGCCGCAGCAGCAGAACCGCGGGCAGUACGCGCCGCCGGGUCAGCAGUACCCUCCGCCGCCGCCGAUGGCGUACCCGGCGCACGCGUACGCGCAGCCCUACGGCUACGCGCCGCCGCAGUACCCUCCUCCGUACGCGCAGCCUCCCCCGCCGCCGCCGCACCGGCACGAGGGCCCGUCGUUCGCCCAAGGAUGUCUCGCGGCCUGUUGUUGCUGCUGCCUCAUGGACGCAUGCUUCUAGCAUGGAGCGCAACACCGAACGAAAGAAUCGAAGACCUCGUCUGAAGCAUUUUGUCAGACAUGAGUUUUAGUUCUGUAGACCCAAGAGCUUUAUAUUCAUUACUCGGCAUACACUCGUGUUGAGUGUAAUUGUUCAGAAAAGCCGUGCAAAACUAGCUAAUUUAGUUACUGCACUAGUUAGGAGAAUAUGUACUUGCUAGCUUUAGUAACAUCUUCUAGUUACGGGUACAAAUAUUUGUAUCCAUAGAUGGCAAUAAAUAAGGACAAUUCGUUUGGCUU